AUGAUCUUACUUAAAUAUCAACUACUAAAAAUAGCUCAGAAGAUUGUAAAAGCUCUUUACGAUUAUGACGCCCGGCAGAUCGACGACUUGGGUUUUAGAAAAGGAGAUAGACUGGCCAUCAUUGGGACCAAUGACAUGGACGACUGGUGGCUUGCCCGGCACACGACCAACGGACGCCAGGGCUACAUUCCUAGCAACUACGUCGUCCUCGAUGACAAUAGGCCCGAGUCACAAGACUGGUGGUUUUCCAUAGAUAGAAGGGAGGCGGAUAAACAGCUGAUGCUGCCUGGAAAUCCCAGAGGUACUUUCCUAAUCAGGAAGAGUCAAGACAAUAGGUCAUAUGCUUUAUCAAUAAGGGAUUACGUGCAAGAAUUAAGAGAAGUUACUAUUAAGCAUUAUCGCAUCAGAGUUAUGGAUGAUGGAGGUGUAUACAUAAGUCCUAAGAGAACAUUCAUAGAUUUGUUGCAUCUGGUUGAACAUUACCAAGCUCAAGCAGACGGUCUCUGCUACCAGCUGACCAAGGCUUGCCCUAAAGAGCCAGAGGCCAUCCCGUUUAAAGAACUGGAAGUUGAUCGGUCUGAAAUCGAGAAGAGGAGUAAGCUUGGGGCCGGUCAGUUUGGAGAGGUUUGGUCAGGCAAAUUCAGGCGUAUGGUGGACGUUGCGAUUAAAACGUUGAAACCCGGCUCAAUGAGUCCGGAGGCUUUCCUCGAGGAGGCAAAAAUAAUGCACCGACUCCGACACAGGAAGCUGGUGCAACUGAUGGGAGUCUGUACGAAGGGCGAGCCCAUGUACAUCAUCACAGAACUCAUGGUCAACGGCUCGCUACUUGAGUACCUGCAGAAGGAUAACGGCAGGAAUAUUAACAUCAGGUGCAUCCUGGACAUGGCUGCCCAGAUAGCAGACGGGAUGGCUUACUUGGAGGAGCAGAACUACAUACACCGAGAUUUGAGGGCUGCCAACAUCCUGGUCGGGGAGAACAACACCGUGAAGGUGGCAGACUUCGGACUGGCCCGCCUACUCGAGGACCCGGCCAUGCACGACAACGACAACGAUGCUAUCUACAAUGCCAGGGAAGACGCCAAAUUCCCAAUCAAGUGGACUGCUCCAGAAGCCGCAUUCAAGCGAAGGUUCAGUAUUAAAUCAGACGUCUGGUCGUUCGGUAUUCUCCUGUACGAGAUGAUUACCUUUGGCAGGGUUCCUUAUCCAGGAAUGGAUAACGCGACGACCCUACAGCGUCUACAGGAGGGCUACCGCAUGCCCCGCCCAUCAGGUGGCGUCAUAGAGUGCCCCGUGCGUAUGUACGACAUGAUGAUCCAGUCUUGGGACAGAAUGCCAGAAAAACGCCCAACGUUCGCGUAUUUAAAGGAUUUCUUCAACGACUACGCCACGGAAACCGAAGGCCAGUAUCAACCCCAGGAGUAG